GUUUGUUUCCUAAUUUUGAACUUUCCUCGAAAACUGUUUAUAUCGUUGAGUUUUUUUUGAUUACUUUUUGUUUAUCUUUUCCCCACAGCCCAUACCAACUGACACAACUACAGAGUAUGAUUCAAUGAAAACAAAAUCUGAGUCUGACGAUUCAGAUUCAGACCAUAGUGAUUCAUCCUAUGAUAUUGAUGAUGGACGGACAGUUACACAUGUAUCAAAAUCAAAGGGUAAAAAGAAAGCUAAAAAGGAUGGUCAAGUUGGUAUAAGUGGUGACAAAGCUGCACAAGAUAAGGCGAAUAAUGAUGAGAGUGAAGAGAGUGAUUUCGAUCUAGAAGCUGCUCUAAUGGAUGAAGAUGAUAAUGACAAUAAAAGUGAGAUUACAGGAGCUCCAGAUGAACUGUCAGAAUUCGAGUUGGAAGGUGAUUCCAGCGAUGAGUACAGUGACGAGAAGGACUCGUUUACUACAGAUUUUGAUGGUGAUGAUAAUGAAGAUUCCGAUGUUGAAAUGACUGACCUAACUAAAUCUUCUGAACCUUCUGUUAAUCGAAAAAAGAAAACGUCAGUAGCGGUUAAGAAGAAGGUGAAAACAAACAACCAUGUUGUACCUAAAAAACCGAUUCCCAAAGGGAAACGUGUGAGCGCUACAUCGAAAUCCCAACAACCUGCAAUUAAACACUCAGAUCCAACCAAAACACAAAGCCUAGUAAAGGAUAAAAAGAAGAAAGCUAAGAAAAGGCCCAUUGUUGACAAAUAA